AGCGCUGUCGGUUCUCGAAUAUCAAAGGCAACUGGUAAGGAAGGACAGCAAAUUCAGUCGUAAUUCGUCAGUAAAAGCGUCUGAACCAAAUAACUUACUCAAUUGAAUUUAUUGUUGCGAUUAUCUUUAAACAAUUGAAUCAUGAUGAAGUUUGGAGUACUGAUUGGAGUGCUAUUGAUAAGCGUUUGCUCUGGUGAAUAUUGUUACAAUGAUGUUGAAGCUGCUUGUAAUGCCCGUCCACUCACUGUAGAUGGAAUGAUGGCUAAUUGUAACGCAAAGUAUGGAGGAAUUGAUCAGUUGUUGGUUGAUUUGCAAAAAUACGCCAACGCAAACAUUGAAACGAGUUUCGAGUACUUGCUUAUGUCAGCGCACUUUGGUAAUUAUGGAGUAAACCGUGAAGGAUUCAAAGGUCUUUACCGGAAAUUGUCUGACAGAGCUUGGGACAAUGCCAUUGAUGUAAUUAAAUUCAUCACCAAACGCGGUGGUAAAAUGAACUUCAACCAGGCUCCAAGAUUCGAGAAAAAUGGCAAAGAGCACCGCGUCGUCGAGGUUUCAGAGUUGAGCAGCUUGGCUAAAGCUUUGGACACCGAAAAACAAAUGGCCCGAGAAGCUAUUCGUAUAAACGAACAAGCUGGACAUCAUCCAAAGUUCGAUGCUUCAGUGGCUCAUUACAUGGAAGAAAAGUUCAUGGAGUCUCAAGCUGAAACUGUAAGAACAUUGUCAGGACACACCAAUGACUUGAAAACUCUUCUUACUGAUAACGACGCUUCAUUAUCAGUAUUCUUGUUCGAUGAAUACUUGAAAAAAACUUUGUAAUUUUUUUCUUUAUAAUUAUUCAUUACAGUUCAUUUAACAAAGAGAAAAAAUAGCUGCAAUAAAAGCUAUUUCAAAAAAUAACUCUUAAUUACCGUCUUAUCAUUAACAAAUGAUUCAAAUUAUAUUUGAUCUAUUCUUUAUUAUCAAUAAAAAUUAUAUUAGUUUUUUUUCUUACAUAUGUAAUAAUUAUUGUAUAGAGUAAAUAUAAGUAUAAUUAUCAAAAAUAAAUCUUUAAUUAAUAAAAAUUAA